AAAAAAUCUCGACUGAUCAACGAGCAGCACCGGCUUUGACCCGCACGCGAUCGAACACUCACGGUCAAUUUUUCACCAGCUGCUUGACUCAGUAACUUCAAUUACUGUGUCCUCGUUGCUCAAUUUCGAUCCACUCUUACCUCUUGAGGCCGAUCUCCCAGCAAAUUUCUUUCGCACUCGGUCUGAGCACUUUGUAGCUCGACUCCAACCUUUUUCGACACCCUUUUCCCUCGAAAUUUUCCUUCACAACUCCCAAUAAUGGCCUUCACUCCUCGUGGUCGCGGUGGUCCUCCCCGCGGUGGUCGUGGUGGUGCUGGUGGUCGUGGCGGUGGCUUUGGUGGUGGCCGCGGUGGUGGCUUUGGCGGUGGUCGCGGCGGUGGCUUCGGUGGCCGUGGUGGAGGUGGCCGUGGUGGUCCUCCUGGCCGUGGAGGCCGUGGUGGCCCCCGUGGUGGUCGCGGUGCUCCUCGCGGCGGCCGUGGUGGUGCUGCUGGUGCCCGUGGUGGUGCUAAGGUUAUCAUUGAGAACCACCGUCACGCCGGUGUCUUUGUUGCCCGUGGUGGUAAGGAGGAUCUGCUUGUCACCAAGAACCUGACCCCUGGUGAGGCUGUUUACGGCGAGAAGCGCAUCUCCGUCGAGUCCCCCGCCGGUGAUGAUGGUGUUGUCACCAAGACUGAGUACCGUGUCUGGAACCCCUUCCGUUCCAAGCUGGCUGCCGGUAUCCUGGGUGGUCUGGACAACAUCUACAUGAAGCCCGGUUCCAAGGUCCUGUACAUCGGUGGUGCCAGCGGUACCUCCGUUUCCCACGUUGCUGAUAUCGUCGGCCCCACCGGUAACGUCUACGCCGUUGAGUUCUCCCACCGUUCCGGCCGUGACCUGAUCGGCAUGGCUACUCACCGUACCAACGUUAUCCCCAUCGUUGAGGAUGCCCGUCACCCUCUCCGCUACCGCAUGCUCGUCCCCAUGGUCGAUGUCAUCUUCGCCGACGUUGCCCAGCCUGACCAGGCCCGUAUUGUCGGUCUGAACGCUCACAUGUUCCUGAAGGAGGGCGGUGGUGUCCUGAUCUCCAUCAAGGCCAGCUGUAUCGACUCCACGGCCGCUGCUGAGGUUGUGUUCACCCGUGAGGUCCAGAAGAUGCGUGAGGAGAAGAUCAAGCCCAAGGAGCAGCUGACUCUGGAGCCCUUCGAGCGUGAUCACUGCAUUGUUGGUGGUAUCUAUGCUCGUUCUACAUAAAAGGGGUGUCCUAAUCUUCUCGCUUUUCCUCAUGUCUUCUUCAUCUUCCCUUUUUCUGGUUCCAUUUCACUUCCUCUCAGGCGUCUUGUGUUCCGCGAUGUAUCCAAUGCUUCUCUUUUUCGUUGGGACUUGAUAGUCUCUGCCAUGUACGAUUGCUUGCGUCACAAAAUAGGUCUCAAUUUUCUGGGAAAUGCACGUACUGAAAUGAUUUGCUCUCGUGUAGAAGUAAGAAGGACUCUCAAAGUCCAGAAUCAUUGGUCAACAUAAUUGUAGAGGUCUCAGUACAGCAAUUGUUGCUUUGCUUCUCGUUGGGGUUUGUCUCUCGGCGCCUCGUCUUGUAUGCCUUCUCCCAGUCUGGACCUCCCUGUGAAGUGAAGGGACUUAGUUCAGAGUAGUUAGAGUAUUCCAGAAUGUCACAAAAGGUUCU